GUUACUACUAUCUAACCGGUGGAAAGCAAACAUUUCGUUAAACCUUUAUUAUUACCCAUUUCCAGGCACAGAAACAUUAGACGGCGAUUUGAUGUUCUCAUAAAAAGUGACCCAGUGUUAGCCGGUCUCUCAGCCAGUGAAUGCUGUUCCUUGUGAGUCUCCGCGACCGGAGGGCUGAGCCACUUGCACGAGACUUCUUCAGGAUGAUCCCUUGUGAACGAGUUGACGGGCGCGUUUCCCAUACUAUAUAGUGCAUGAGAUUUUAUUAUCCGUGGUACUAAGUAUUGCUAGUUGUAGUGUUACUUUGAUUUAGUGAAAGUGAGUAUAAGAAUAUAGUUGGAACGGCGCCAUGACGACGGCGGAAGCCCUGAAGCACGAGCUUGAGGUUGUGGCGGGGCUGAGAGAAGAGGGCACGGAGGAUGAUGAUGAGGAUCCUACGGAAGGGACGCCGGGAAGAAAGGACCCCCCCAUAGUGGUGGUGGAAGACGUGGAGGGAACCCCCUGGCACGCCCCACCGCUGGUCAGCGUAACUAACUGGGGGACACCGAGCGGGCCCUCAAGCGGGACCUGUUCGCCUCACUCGCGCUCGCCAUCGCUGGGGUCCCUCUGGUCUGAGGCGUCCCUGAGCGACGACGCAGGCUCCAUUUCGUACAGCCCUAAAAUUCCCAAAGGCCCCCGCCAGAGGGCUCGCCACGCCUCGUCCUCUUUCACGCAGGACACGGGCAAGCAGAACCCCGAAGUUACGCGCCUUUGUUCCUCACAGGAACUCCUCGCCACCGAGAUCAUCCCCCCCAAACACAAGCACUCUCUCAAGACUAUGUUCCUUGAUGUAUUCCACCCGGAGUCCAGCAGAAGAACGAGGUCGGCUUCCAGUGGAGAGGUAAGGCGUAGGUCGCCCUCGACAGGCGACUCGAAGAUGAGAAAACUCAUUUCGAAAUUUCGGUCCCGCUCACAAAGCGACCUCUUGGACGUUAAGAGCCGCAGGAGUUUCGAGGGCAGCAUCAACGUGGGUUCUCACGUCAGCCUCAAUCCAGGAGAGUCGGCGGCGGGAGAGGAGGGAGAGGGUGUCCCACCCACGGCCAUCAACACCCGCCUUGUCGGUCGCUUCCGCAAGCACUCCAAUGCCAACAAACGCCGAUGGAGCGUCUUCGAGCAACACAUUUUGAAAAGUCGAGGUCAGCGCCAUGACCACGCCCAUGACGGGUCUUCAAACCCUGCAACUUCCGACAGCGAAGGCGAGGGUCAAGAGGGCUGCGUCAUCUCCCUCGAUGACCCAUCGGGAGAAUCCACAACGGAGUAUUCAAAGGCUUCCACCAAAAUCCAGCUCGAAGGCGGAGUUCCACCCGAUCCUGUCCGCCAUGCCAAGCAACGCUUGGGGAGGACUCGCUCAAACUCGGACUCAAGGAUCAAUGUAUUGGAGAAGAAACAGCGGCGGAGGCGCGGUAGUGGCCUCGCCUUUGCGAAGGAGUACAAGGUAAUCGACAGACUCAUAGACUUCCACAAGCGAAACAAGCACCGCGGAAGCCUCCCGUCUUUGGCAAUCGAGGUACAGAGGCAGAAGCACCUGCAGAAGCUGCAGGACCUUCCCGACGGCCAAUCCCAGAAGAAAACUCAAGGUCCCAAAGCGUCCAAUGGAUCCAUUCCCAACGGCAGCAUCACCGACCCUCUUGCUUCACGUGCCCAGUCCUUCCAUAAUCUCACGGACUUCGCCGUGGAGGAUUACUUUAGCUCAGACAAUGAACGCCACCUUUCUGGCGAUGACGCCGACGCGCCUGGGGGCGCAGGACCAAGGAACCUCUCUCCUUACUAUGGCGAGGAGGGAAACCGCGCCCGUCGCCACCGCUUCUCCAUUGAUCACAUUUGGAAUGUUUUCCGGGUGUUGUGGCUGGAGUUCUACUGGUUACUCCAAAUGCAAUAAUGUUUGACCCUAAUGUGUCUGAUCCACUUGUGAUUGAACAUGGACCAGAAAGUUAUGGUGUUAUAGCUCCAAUGGAUUUUGUUGUCAAUGCUGCUUUGUAUUAUGACAUUGCCCAUAUGAGAGUUAAGGAUACAAAUCUUCCAAAGCCAGAAAUUCCCAAGCCAGAGAUCUACUGGGGUCCAGGCCACGUGGAACGUGUUGGGAGUCAGGAAUCUCCGGGAAAGGAUGCAUCCUUGUGUAAAGAUGCAACAUUCCCGGAGUUAGCAGCCUCACAGGAUGAUAAUGACUCCUCUUGCUCUUGUGGGGGAGAUACUCGGGAAACUUCUGCUUUUCCUAAAGCCUUUGAGCAUGAACUGCUUACUCCCAUUGGCUCAGAUGUUUCCCCUGCUAGUGGAGAGGGGCAGAAUUCAUCAGGUCAGCCAUCUCCAAGUGGUAUACUGCAACAGCAGUCACAACUGCAACCACAGCAACAGGCACAGCAGCAGCCACAACAGCCUGUAGCACCAGUGGCUGGUGACCUUACACCAAUUGCCGAGGCAAGCCGCCUAGAAGACUCUCAGGCAACUUCUCCUAAUCUUGCUCAAACUGAAUGUGAUAACAUGGCAGCCCAGAUCAUUGCUCAAACAGAACUGAUCUCCACAGCACAGACAGAUGAGGAAUCAACCUGUAAUGAAAAAAAGCGAACAACUUCUGUGACUUUCGAUCUUGGAGAGGGAGAAGAAACCACCCCUGACCUUGUGGGUGAGGCUAACAUGCAGGAGUCCCGUAAACAAAAGGUAGGCGUCCAUCUCUUGAUUUUGCAAGACGGCCAGGGAGCCAACAGCCAUUAUCGGUUUCUGUCCAGCAAACACAGUCAGCAGCACCUCCAAUACCUCAGGCUGCACUGGCAAGUAAUGUUCCCACACAUGUGCAACAAGAACAGCAAAUGGGGACACAGGUUGCCAACCCUCAGUCUCAAAAAAGAGCGCAAUACAAAGAAGGCCCAAAAUAUGGCUUGAAGAGUAUGGUCAGUAUGGAUGACAUGCCAGAGCUCUUCGCAUCUUUUGACAAGCUCAUUCCGAAGCCAGCGACUUCAUGUGAAGAUCCUCCACUCUACCUCUGCCUAAGAAUGGGCAAACCUUCAAAUAAAAGAAUUCCAAAGUCUACUCCAAUAAUGUCAUAUGGAAAGAAACGGAUGAGACCGGAGUAUUGGUUUAGCAUUCCAAGAAAUAGGUUAGAAUUGGGAAACCAUGUGUGGACACUAGAGGCUCUCUAG